AGUUUUAAUGGGGGAUUUUAUUUUGUCAUGACCUUAAUGAACGGUAAGUUGGUUUACGAUAUAAUGCUAACGGGACUUGCUGCAGUGAUAUCUGUAUUCACUAUCACCUAGUUCCAACGAUUGCAGUUUAUUGACUGGUAGACAGGGACUUAAUCUUGCUUGCCUUUGACGAAUCAAGCUAGAAUCAAAGUGGAGUGCUGCACUUUUCCAAAGUUCCGAAAAUACUGAGAUGAGAGUAAGUGCUUAACUAGACUGCGAGUCUCAUACUUAACCUGUUUUCCGCACCUAUAGGUAGGUAAUGCCAAAAUAUAUUUGUUAUCUAAGUUCUCUUUAAAUUGAAGAAACAAAGAAGACGGAAAGACCUAAGUCUAAAGCCAUUCUAACGGUAGACUUGUUUGUUAACGAAAACUUGUUUUAUCGUAAUUUCUACCUUAGAAUAUUUACAAUAUAUGACCUACUCUGAGGAUAUAACAAACCUUGAAUUCUGUCUUGUCGAGUCAGUCAAGUUUGAGUUUAAAAACAGUAAAAUGCAUCCUGUUAUUGUUCUAAUGUUGGCUUCGAUGACGAUUGGAUUCGUCAAUUGCCAGACGUUGACGAUGGGACGGUGUCCUAAUAUCGACGCUAAAAAGGAUUUCGAUUUAGCAAAGUAUGCUGGAAAAUGGUAUGAGCACAGCAAAAACAGAAGGUACUGGAUCAUCAUGGACACUGGAUUAAAAUGCGCUUCAGAGACCUACUCUUUGGACGGCAAUGACACUCUUCUGAUGCAUCACCAAGGCCAGCGGAUUCUAAAUAAUCGUUACGUGUCGGUAAAAGCUGUUGGUAAACAUGUGGCUCCAGGAAAACUUCUAUUUACCUUUAAAGAUGCGACAAUACACGGUACGACGGUACAGGACGCGCCCUAUUGGAUUCUUGAUACGGAUUACGAAAACUAUGCGGUUGUUUGGAGCUGCUCUGAAAAUGCCGGAAUGAAGGCCGAGAUCACGUGGAUUCUUACUCGUCAACUCAAACCGGAAGCUUCCGUCGUCCGAGCUGCGAUGGACAUACUCAGUCGUAACGGCCUUAGCCGUACGUCUAUGGUUAAAACUAACCAUCGUACCAGGUGCAGAUACGAUCAUCGAAGGAUGCCUUCUUAAUUGCUGUUCGCCUAUCUGCGCAGAUAUACUACAUAAUUGAAUUAUUGACUUAAUUACAACACAGCGUGUGUUUUCCUUACAUGUAUAUGCAACAAAACCAAUAUACCGUAUUUAACAACCA